GCGAAAGUAAAAGUCGACGCGGAAGUUGAGCUCUACUCACAGUUUUCUGCAGCAAACAACACGACGACUUGUGUUUUUCCGGACCAAGAAAACAGAACGUUUCAUCAUGGCCCCAGAAGAAGUUUACGCCUCGACGACCAUGCCAAACCCGAACGCUGCCUGUUUCCUGGUGCCGUCACAGUAUCUGGACAAAGUGCGCUUCUUCGUCAAAAUCCUGGAAGUGCUGCUGUCACUAGUGGCGUUCAUCCUGGAGGAGGUCGUCUCGGUUUGUAUCAACUGUGCGGCUCUGGAAUUCUUUGAGUUUGUCAGCUGCACGUCAUUCCUCUUCACCACGCUGCUCCUCGUCCUGCUCUCAACUCCACUUCACCACAGGGUGGGAAUCACCUCCUGGUCUAGCCUGGACUUUCUGUACACAAUGGUCAUCGCCUGCUUUUUCCUCAUCGCCUCCAUUGUGUUUGCGGCCAUCAACAGCGGCACUUCUCUGGAGAAAAGCUCUGUGGCAUUUGGCUUCCUGGCGACGUUGGCGUUCGGGUGUGACCUUUUCUUAUUUUGGAGGACGUACGGGAAUCCCUUCACCAAAGGGGAGAAGGCGCAGACUUUUAACGGCGUGCGACCGACAGAGGUGGACCAGGAGACUCCCGCGGAGACAGAGAAACUCAACAUGGAGGCCACCGCCGCGGAAUGAUUAAGUUUGUUUCUGUACUUUAUGUGCGUCUUGGAAGGUCAAACAUUUUACUCAUGAGGAGGUGCUCUUGUCUCCCACAGCGGGCUUGACUUCCUCUCUUUGUACUACUGAAGCCAGCUGAGGCCAGCCACUCAGGAAAUAAAUAAUCACCUUUCCACUUAGAGGGGACAUAUUAUGGAUGUUUUUUUGUUUUGUUUUUUGUUCCCCCCCCCCCCCCCCCCCAACGAUUUAAAAGAGUUUUCAAGCGUUAAGUCUUGAAAGUGAACGCUCAUAGAGAUUCACUUGCAGCAUCGCCAAGCCACUGAAUUACACUUGACCUUGCCAAAUACCCCUCCACACCCAUGUCAACAGCGUAGCCCAACAUUGCUAUGUGCUGGUAACAAUUGUCUAACACUAAUCUAUGCUGACACCGGUUCUUUAGCGCUGGAACUUGGUCCACCCCAGCUGCUAAAUCAUUGGAUGAGAAACUGUGUGGGGUGACAUGAUAAAUUAGCCCCACUGUAAUGUCACGGUUUGGCAAAAUUCAAAAUGGCUCGCCCACAGACACAUUUUUAGAAUUAAUUUGAAAACUCAAAAUGGACCUGGUUCUUUAAUUUCACAACGGAUGGUUGGACAGUCACUGCAGACACACAAAUAUUUGAAUACAAAACAUGAAAUCAGUUUUGCAUAAUAUGUCUCCUGUAAUCUGUAAAUAUUCUGAAGUCAAUUUGUAAGAGCAGAAAAUGUGAGUGCACCUUGUCAUGUUUUUUUUCUUGUUUUCUGUCACGCUACGCAAUCACAUGCAUCAGAAUCAGAAUCAUCUUUAUUUGCCAAGUAUGUCCAAAACACACAAGGAAUUUGUCUCCGGUAGUUGGAGCCGCUCUAGUACAACAGACAGUCAAUUUACAGAACACUUUGGAGACAUAAAGACAUUGACAAAAAACAAUUGUGCAAAAAGAUGCAGAGUCCUCUAGCACUUAGAGCAUUUCGAAUGACUAAUAUUGCGAUAGUCCGGUGCACUGACCAUUGUGCAAAGGGCGCUGAGACUUCAAGGAGUGUAUGCGGUUUAAAGUGACGAGUAGUGCGAUCAUCUGGGACAAUGUUGGUUGUGCAAAUGUUACUGAGGCUACUAGUAACAAUAAGGAAACUUAUUUGUAAUGUGUUUUGGAAUUGGAGAAACAGGAAUAUCACAAUUUAAGAUUUUGUUUUUGAUCAAAUAAAUCCAGUUUGUAAUAUUUGUACUAAUAGAUGAUUCCAAAAUGUUUUUGUUCUAAAUCUAAACCUCCUGUGUCACUUUGCUUAGAUGAAAUGUUUGAAACGUUGCUUACUCUUACUUACUUGCUUACUUAAAAACUUGAAUCUUUUCGUGUCUUUCUGUUUUCCAUCCAUCCAUUUUCUGAGCCGCUUCUCCUCACGAGGGUCGCGGGCGUGCUGGAGCCUAUCCCAGCUAUCAUCGGGCAGGAGGCGGGGUACACCCUGAACUGGUUGCCAGCCAACCGCAGGGCACAUAGAAACAAACAACCAUCCGCACUCACAUUCACACCUGCGGGCAAUUUAGAGUCUCCAAUUAAUGCAUGUUUUUGGGAUGUGGGAGGAAACCAGAGUGCCCGGAGAAAACCCACGCAGGCACGGGGAGAACAUGCAAACUCCACACAGGCGACCGGGGAUAGAAUCCGGGUCCUCAGAACUGUGAGGCUGACGCUCUAACCAGUCGGCCGCCGUCUUUCUGUUUUGUUGUUUUAUAAAGUUAUGACGCAAAAUAUAAGCAGCUUAAGAAUGGAUGUGUGGUUUCAUCAUUAGUAACUAAAUGUGCAACCACUCCUUUAAACAUUCUUGGCAAUCACUCAUAUGUUAAAUGAAGAAUUAAUAUUUUAUUUCCAAAGAGUCCGCUUUUGAUUUUGUUCUUUAACUACUAGUUCAAUGUCUCAGGUGUUCAGUUUAAUUAGUCCAAACAAGAUAUAUUUGUUAAAUUUGAAUUUUAUGCCCAGAAGUUGGUGUGGACUGCAAAUGAUGCAAUAAUGCAAUCAGAAAUAAGGCAGAACCAAAGCAGCAGUUUGGUCCUGUGAGAUUAAAUUUCUUUUGCCUUAGUCAUAUUUUUUUUAAUGCUAAUAUUGUGUUCCCUAUAUGUAGCACAUUUAAUUGUAUCGAGAUAGAGUGACAACUCAGUAUGUAUGUAUUUUCAAAGCAUUGAUCUUUGCAGAUUUCUGUCAUAAUUAAAAUAUUGAUGUUAUAUUUCAUUUGUAUGGGAGUGUCAUUUGUUUCAUUGAUAAAGUUUCAUCCAUUUUC